AUGAGCAAAGAUAGGAGUGAAACCGCUUUCAAUCUCGAUAAUAGUACCCCGACAAUUGACCGUGUCACGAACGCACGAAAGUAUCGCUCCAAAGUACAGAGGCCAUGCGAUUUGUGUCGGUCUCGCAAAGUUCAUUGCAAUAUCCCCUACCCAUCUCAGCCAUGUACACUCUGCGAGCGUACCAGGCGAUCUUGCACAUUUGUGGAAAAGACCAACCGUAAACCCAGCAAGAAAAAAACCAAGGAUUUCGGCUUAUCACAAUCCCCUCGAUCUGACGGUCUCUUUGGAUCUACUGCAGGUGACCUAGUCCCAUGUACGACUGUUGCUGGUGCAGAGACAACAUCUUUCGUUGUUUCCCCAUCUCAGAGUGAUGGAAGUCAAUCUCAACGACCCCUCGGCACAGAUGAUCAUUUUUUAUCCGACAUCUCUGGUAUGCCUAACGAAUCACUGCUAGACAAUCCCCUGAUCGGAACUGGCUGGCCUCGCGAUGAUGGCGUUGACUGGCCCACGUUCAACAAUGAAGAUUUCCAGGGCAUGCUUGACACCUUGGGACGAGAAACCAUUUCGGAACUACUGCCUAUUGAUGGUUUCAGUACUGCUGAUAACAGUCCAUCAAGGUCACAUUCUAGCCAGCCUGGAGGCUCGGAAGAGUUGACCAUCGAUCAGAAACCUGACUUCUCAUCUCAAAUUUUUGGAUUUUCGGGCGAGUCUGACCCAUUCCUCCUGCGAAAUUACCCGUACGACGAUUCAGGCGAAGUGAAGUUCUUCAGGCUUAUUUAUAGAAUGGCAUCAAAUACGGCCGCUAGUCCCGAGUCCGACCAUACGGUUCCUCCUGAUGGCCACCAGAGGAGAAGCUCGGCUGGAGACGUGCCUGUUUAUUUUCUGCAGAACCAUAGCCAAACCGUAUCUCAGUCCUUGCAGGCGGUCGAAAAGUGCAUGUUCGAACAAGGCAAGCACGCACCGAGAAUCCAACUCGACAGUCUCGUGAGUCCAGAGAUGGGAGUGGGACUAGUGAAGCUGUAUUUUCGGUACAUCUUCCAUGCCCUCCCGGUUCUUUCUCGAUCCUUCGUCUUUCGAGACAUCAAAUUCUUCGUGAAAAACGCCUCGGUCGGGCUUCUUGCCGCCAUAUACGCACUUUCACUACAAUUUACUGCAUGGGACGAUGUUCUUUGCGUUGACAACGGAUAUACCAAACCGUCUUCGGAAGACUUAUGGCGCAUCGCGUAUGCCUGUGUGCAGAAGGAGAUGCACUUCCCACGGCUAUCAACAAUCCAGACUUCUCUUUUACUCCUCAACUUCGACCCUUUUGAUCCAGCUUCCGCAGAGAAUCCUUCGGCGUGGGCUUUGGCUAGCUCAACGCUAGCUAUUGCUCAGUCCUUGGGAUUGAAUAUAGACCCUAUAGGCUGGGAUUUACCAACCUGGGAGAUUCGUCUUCGGCGACGUCUGUGGUGGUGUGUUCUUGUUGAACACAGUUGGCGAGCCGUCACUCAUGGACGGCAGUCUAUACUUUCCUACGAUAGUUGGAAUGUGACUCCUCUUACUUUGGCCGACUUUGAGGUCAACCUGAAUCCUGAAGCUGGGCUUGAGGUGGAUGAUGGUUGUCCGGAUUACUUUAUGCAUCUUAGUUCACUCACGCUUAUUGCCAACGAUUUAUGUCGGACCUUCUUCUCUCUCCGCUCUGUCUGCCAACAACGGUCUUUGGAUAGCUUGAUAGAUCAGGCUCGAGUGUUUCGUCAACAACUACAUCAGUGGAUCAGCGCACUGCCAGAGUCGCUGCAAAUGCCAGCACCAGCACAGACACACUCAGAAACCGAGGAAGAACCAGUCGAUACUCGCGGUAGUUUGCACAUCUCAUACUUCACAGUUCAAAUACUGCUUUUCCGUGCCCUUUUACGGCCAAUACUCGACGACAAAAUAGGGCUGGAUCACCUUCAGCCCUCCGUUGCAGCCAUCCUAGACGCGUCGCGUGGAUUGAUUCGCGCUGUGACUCGUUUAGUUUACAGCCUCGGUGCCCGACAUCAAUCAGCCUUCUGGCCGACUUAUACGAGAUCAUGCUUUUCUUAUCCGGGGCAAUUCAGUUUCAUGCUGUGUUUCCAACAUAGAGAGCCGCAUAUGAUGCUUAAUGACCAGAAGCUCUUGGGUAUUUGGAGACAAACAUUGCGUACCCGCGCUCCGUCUUGGCCGCUUCUUCGCUUUGCGGCUAUUCGUGUUGAUGGCAUCUUUUGGAAAAACUUGGUCAAUGUCGCGGCAGCUUCCCAUGCCGUUGAUACCUCAAUAUGA